GUCAGGGUAGCCUAUUGUACGUUUAUUUAUUUAUUUUAUAAGAAAUGGCUUUAUUUGCUCCCCUAAUCAUUAGCAUCCCUAUUGGAUAUUUUACAUGGACAAAGGUUUUUGAUAUAGUUGAUAAUGGUGUUUAUCAAAUUACUCAAUCUAAUGCAUUCGAUGAAGUUAAACAACAAUUGAAAAAACCACCUAUUUCAUUCGCAGCGGCUACUAUAGGCACAGUGACAUCUAUUGGAGUUUUAGGCAAAUUGGCUUUUACAGCAAACACAAGACAUAGACUUUUUUUCGCUAAAGCUCCAGCUAAUAGUAAUAUUCGCAUAGAAACAUUAAAGUUAGGUAUUGAGCUCUUAAUUCGAUCUAGUAUUGUGUUCUAUGGUAGUGCUAUUGGAGGAGCAGUAACGGGAAGGAUUAUAUCUAAAUCAUAAUCUCUUAAUCACUUACAAAAGAUUUGUAAUAAUUAACAUUAAGCGUUAAGUUUAUAAUUAAAAAAAAA